UUUUUUUGGUUAAUUUUUUUUUUUUACCGCCUGGAUUGUUUUUGUCUGAGCCGACUUAUAGAUCUCAACCAAAGUCUCUUUUCUCGGUCCGUCACGAUUCCUCCGACCCCUCACCCAGUCACCGCCCCCUCACCUCCUGUUGUUGAGAAGAACAGCGGCUCCCCCUCUUCGUCCGAGAGUUGGGCGUUUCGCACCAUUUGCUCUCCUCUCUCGCCACGUCUUCCUAACUUCCUGCUGACCAUUGUCCGACGGGAGGCCGCGCUGCACCGCCCCCUCCCCCCCCCCGACUCGCCGCCUUCCACACGCACGCGAAAGAAAAGACAGGCGAAGCCCAGCAGUGCUACCCAACCGAAGGGAAAAGAAUACGGAAAGGCGGAGACGAUUCGGACGCAAAACCACGACAUCGGCACGAACCACGGUAUACCCAUAUCCAUAACGUUCGGGGACAGCGGGCAAUAGCGUAGACGCCACAAAUAUCAUGUCCAAGCGAGUCUCGGGCGCUGGUAACGGCGCCGCCUCCAAGAUGAGUCCGACGGAAGAACCUUCGUAUAACAAGCAGAAGGAUCUUCUCUCCUCUCCAACCGGCGGCCACUUUUCCCUCCUGAGGGCUCUGCACAUGGCGGAUUACAUCACCGAAUUAAACGGCCUAUGCGGUAUCUCGUCCGUCUUCUCCUCUCUGCGGUACUGCCUCGGCGACCCCACGGACAAGAGCAAUCUGUACAUCGCGCUCGCCUUCCUGCCCUUUGGGCUGUUCUUCGAUUUCAUGGACGGCCGAGUCGCGCGGUGGAGAAAGAAGAGCAGUAUGAUGGGUCAGGAACUAGACUCGCUCGCUGACUUGAUCUCCUUCGGCCUGGCUCCGGCCUGCGUAGCGCUCUGCAUCGGCAUGCGGACGCCGCUCGACCACCUGCUGCUGGCCGUGUUCGUGCUGUGCGGCCUCACGCGGCUGGCGCGCUUCAACGUGACGGCGUCGAGCGGCAACAUCCCCAAGGACGCGAGCGGCAAGGCCAGCUACUUCGAGGGCACCCCGAUCCCGACGACGCUCGGGCUCGACGCCCUCAUGGCCUGGUGGAUCUCGCGCGGCUGGGUGCUCGACCAGCUACCCGGCGGCGUCUGGUUCGAGGGCGGCCUGUUCGAGUUCCACCCCGUCGUCGUCCUGUUCCUCGUCCACGGCUGCCUCAUGUGCAGCAAAACAUUACACGUGCCCAAGCCUUAGCUGCUUGGCGUCGUCCGUCAUCGGUAUCGGUUGUUCAGGUAGUAUUUUCUCAUCUCCGGAGGUGGCUGGCUGGGCGGGUUUAGGUAAUAAGCAACAUAUUAGGCUAGGAAGAGGAGGAUAGAUUCCCAAGUCUCUCAACGCGUCGUCCGUUCAUAGUUUGCUAUUCGUUGGGCCUCGGCCCCCCCCCCCCCCCCGGCUGUCGGGUUGGGCGACCAUAAAGGCGUAAUGGAGGAGGCGAGGAGGACAGGGUGUAAACGAAAACUAGUACGCAUCGUAGCACGAAGAAUAAUAAUACCGAAGUGAUUGGAAGACG